UUAUUAAAUAUCGAAUAGCUGUUUCGAUUCUUGAAACACUCGAAGAUUGUAGUAAAUUUAACGACAAUUCUGCCGAUAUCAAAUUGUCUUUAUCUGUUCUUAUGAAAUGGCGAAUUUUGCACUGUGUGCAAAAUAUAAUAGAAUUAUUCAUAACUACAAGAGCAAAUUGGCUAACAAGAAGUUUAUCCAUAAAAGUUUUGUAGCAACAACACUAAAUUAUAUAAAUUAUUUAAUUCCUCUUAUCGCAUUCUUUACUUUAUAGACAUUGUGAAGUGUCAACAAAUAAAUAUAAUUAUUUCAUUUUACUAUUAAAGCUUUUAUAUAUAUAGAUAUAUUUAACAAAAUCACUUCUGAAUUGUUUGCAAUAGUACAAUGGCUAAAUGAUGAAGACAAGGGCACGUACACUGUUGGUGUACCAACAGAUUGGAUAAUGAACUUCGAUUAUCAAGAAUAUUGCAUGAAUGGCUGUGAUGGUGAUGAAAGUUAUGUAGUCGAAUGGCGUCAAGGCAAGAAGCCAGCUGGUGGAUGGUUGUGCUAUGAUGCCAUGGUCACAGAUGUUUCUAACAGUAUAGCUGCGCUCGAAAAAAAAUUUAAGAAUAAUUAUAAAGGCAUUAAAUCACCAAGAUUGGGAGGCUACUCAGGAAAUCAAAAGUCAUUUAUGGAUGGAUCAGCAGCAGGUUCUACUUCCAACAUUGCAAAUGCAACGAGUAUCACAACUGAUAAAAAUACUAACAAAAAAACAAGCUUAAAAAGACCGCACCCUAAUGAUGAUAAUAAUGAUAUUGAACGAACGCCUUUGAAUAACUCAUCACCAGUAAGACCUAGAAAUUUAUUCGGAUCAAAUAAUGGUGAGAAUGACAUUGUUAUGCAACUAUUAACCGAGAUGAGAAACAUGCAAGAGAAUAUGAGGAACAUCAGGCCGAUACCAAGAGCUGCUCAAAUAAGCGAUCAAUCUGGUUCAGAUGAUGAAAAUGUUCCUGAUAUGGUUGAAAUCGGAAGACGGGGUAGCGGCUUACAAAUAACUCGAGAGCAAUGGCGCUGUGCUAAAGCUCAAGGACGAUGUACAUCGAUGGCAACCUCGUUAUUAACAGCUCUUGUGCCAAUGAAUGUUCUAUUAACAAGUAACUGUAAAGGUGGUAAGGCUAGAAUUUGCAAAAAUUCAGAUAAUCCCCCUCAUCAUACUGCAAUACCGUCGGAAACCCUUGCUGCUAUAAAAUAUACUGUCAAGAAAAAUUUUAAAAAUACAUAUGAUGAUACGAAAAUAAAUACUGCGAUUAACGUUAAGUUAACUAGUUUGAGGUCAAAGCAACGUAAUUUUCCAAACAAUGAAGACCCGCAACAUUGAAGAUUUUAAGCCUAAGCAGCAAACCGGAUAGUCACAAAAUAAGAAUUUUUUCACAGUUUUUGUUAAUUACAUUGAAUUUUUUUAUGAUACUUUUAUGAUACUUUU